UAAAUCCACCCGACCCUCCCUAUAUUUAGCAGCACAAAAUCCCAGCCCUCUCACUUCUGUUGAGCAUGGGGAAGUAUCCUGUGGCUAGCCUCAUACUCCUCCUAAUUAACCUCACAUCACUCCUUCCUCCUUCUCUUGCUUGUUCCUACUGCCCUGACCCAAAGCCAAGCCCACCACCAGCAACCCCACCAGUGCCAUGCCCUCCACCAACAUCCCCACCAAAGCCAAAGCCAAAGCCAAAGCCGCCGGCGCCGGCGCCGGCACCACCACCAUCUCCAGCAUCAUCCAAGUGCCCCAUCGACACGCUAAAGCUCGACGCCUGCGUCGAUCUACUCGGAGGGCUUGUGCACGUGGGAAUCGGCGAGAAUGAGAAGGAGAAGUGCUGCCCGGUCCUCGAAGGGCUUGCCGACUUGGAUGCAGCUCUGUGCAUGUGCACCACCAUUAAGGCCAAGGUUUUGAAUAUAAACAUCAUUCUGCCCGUUGCUCUUGAGUUGCUGGAGGACUGUGGCAAGCAUCUACCAUCCGACUACCAGUGUCCUUCUUAGUUAGCUAGGUUGUAGCUUAAUUAUAUGAUCAUGUCUUGUGAUAUGUUUUGCAGGCUGGUAUAUCCUUCCCAUUAAUCAUCAAAAAAAUGUAUUGUGAUAUGUUUAAUUUAGUUUGUGUUUGCUUGCAUCCUAACCAUCAAAGCUUGUUAUUCGGUAUAUUCGAAAAUGUUAAA